AAAUUUUAUAGUAACUAGAACUCUCGAUAAAAACGGCUCUUUAUUGAACGAAUCGCCGUCAAACUCCCCUUUGUCUGUAAAACUUAUGAAUGGUUAUCGUUUUGUCCAAGUUGAUGACUUUUCUGAUCUGUCAUGUUUCACUCUUCAUCACAGAGUAAUAACUCCGCUCACUUUCAAAUUUGCUUGCAACAAUAGCUUCAACCAGGAAAGAAACAACUCUUUUUUUUCCAUUUAUUUCACAUACUUGGGCAAGAUCUGCUUCUAUAAACAUUAUUGAAUUCAACAACUCCAUUCAAAAUCCAACCUCAUCUUUCUGAUCAAAAUUUUUCGGACAGAAGUAAACAAACAGAAAGAACAAAAGACAAUAGAUUGGGACGGAGAAGAGAAAGAUCUUUUAAUUCAAUGUCGGCCACUUUGACAAAGAAGAAUCAUGAUCAAGUGAAUCCGGAUGCUGUACCUAUCGAUGCGGGGAUAAUUCGUUGCAUUUGUCCUUCCAUUGAGGAUGAUGGUUUUACUAUACAAUGUGAACAUUGUUAUGUUUGGCAGCAUGCUUAUUGUGUUGGCAUUACGCAUGCCACCAUACCCGAUCACUAUUUGUGUGAUUGCUGUGCUAGAAAGCAACAGCAAAAGAAGGGUCCUAAAAUGUCGAAAAGGAUACCCAUGUCGAAGAAAACUCUACAUAGACUGGAUGCUGUGGUGGAAGAAGGCUCUCAUCAGCUGAUGAGUGAAACAAAAAAGAAAAAGAAACGUCCUUCGAAAAGUAGAGUGGUCUCUCGAUUUGUACACUCUAUUUUUAAAGAAGCAAGAGAGCGUUGGACGUCAAGCCAACGAUGGAAGGAAUACGUAAAGGAAACAGCCGUAUCAGCCGUAGAUGGCAUGCACCCUCCUCCGAGCGCAGGGCCCUUACUGUUUGAUCACGGGCCUUUUGUCACCAUGGAUGCCAUGACUUUGUAUACAAAAGGUGUCCUCCUCAAUACGCCCGUUUCAAGCAAAGGACUUUUUGCAUCUAAACCCAUACCAGCUCGACGUUAUUUGCUGGAAGUGACAGGCGACAUCAUGCUAAAGUCAGAAUUCAAAUUUGAUCCUAUCAACGACUAUGUCAUCUUGGGCACACCUCUCAGUCAUAUCAUGUUUUAUCCCACCUUGGAUUUAUGUAUUGACACACGGCAGUUUGGCAACAAAGCCAGAUAUAUUCGACGUUCCUGUCAUCCCAACGCAGAAUUGAGAAAUUUGUUUUUGCCCUACGCCAAGGACGACAAAACCAUUCAUUUGGGUUUAUUUGCACGACGUGCGAUUGACAAGGGCGAAGAAAUUACCGUAGGCUGGAAUUGGCAGAGGGGACAUAUUGCUUGGAAAGAGAAUAUGAAUUGGCACUACCAUUUGAAAGAAAAAUCAAUGCAUGAAAGUGGCGGAAAUCAGGUCAUUGAUGAGGAGGAAGAGAGGAGACGUAAAUCCACCAUAAAAGCUUUGUUGACGAGAUUUGAAAAGGAAUUUGGCAUGUGUGCCUGCGUCAAUAAGAGGAAAUGUUUGAUUCAAUAUUUAAAGCGUCAGUCUGCCACGCCCAAAGAGACUGCCUCUCAGCGUAGAAAAUCAAGCGUGCCGAGCGUUGCAGCGUUUAAGAAUGGCAGACGAAAGUCAUCGGUUAUCUUGCUCAAACCGAAGCCUGUCCACCUAUCCAAUAGUGCCACCCACGCCAACAUCAUUACAGUGAAGAAGGACAUCAAGGAUAUGUCAGAAGAUGAAUUUUUAGAUGUCGAAGGAGAUAUUGAUAUUGGAGAUGAAGAAACAGCGGUCACCACCUCAGCUCCUCCACUCACUGAAGAUAACAGCGGUGAAGAAGAUCAUGAUGAUCUGUCUUCUUUAUCUUCCUUAUCUAGUCUUUCAGUGUAUGACGAUUCAGAUGAAGAAGCAUCAGCGAAUCAUUCGGAAAAAAGGAAGAAAAAGUCAUCCAAAGACGGCCUGAAACGAAAAUUGGGCGAUAAAGGCUUCCAUCCGAACAAGUCGUUCAGAAGAGCUACAGAUAAAGCAGGACCCUUGAUGGAUCAGCAGGAGACACCCUCACCCAAGGAAAAGAUCCCUAAUUUGCCGCGAAAGAAAUUGUGGAUGCUCAAUUACAUGAACACGGCACAAGUGGCUCAUUCCAUUGGAAGUGCGGCUUUAUCGCCUCAGAACGAUUUGAAAAAGGAGGAACACAAGCAAUUGCAAGAUGGGCCUUUAUAUAAAGAUACUGAUAAGGACAGCCUUUGCAUGGAACAAACCGAAGAGAUGACAGCCAUAUCUAAAGCGGAAGAGGAGCAUAUAGAAAUAGUUGACUCCACAUCCAUGAUCGAUAUCAUUACAGUACCAUCAUUAUCCUUACCUGUUCAGGAAACUGAACAACAAGCGGAAGUCAUUAUUAAGAGUGAAAUAGACAGCCGUGAACAUGAAGUGGCAAUGACUACAGAUACCCAAACAUCAGUGAUGAUAACGAACAAUAAUAAUGAGAUGACCCCUCCAGCAAAGAAUAGAAGUGAUAGUAUACCAAAGAGCGCUUCCUAUAAAGAAGAAGCAAAUGAACCGACAGAUGGAAUGGAUAUUGAUGAUGGUGAACUUAGUGAUGCUUCGACUGUUCAGUUGGACGAGGAUGAAAUUAAAGACAUAUAUUCAAAAAGUGAUAUGGUUGGAGAGCGAAACACAGAUGCAGCAAGCUCAUGAACAUAGUCAUAGAGGAUUAUUAAAACAAUCAACGUUACCCCCCUCCCUUCAUCAAAAAGAAAAUGGUUUUUUCUAACCUGAACUUCAUCAAUCAUACCCGUAC